AUGGUGCAUUCUGUUGAGUACAGAAGAAAAUUAAGAAAUUCUAGGAAGAAGCGAAAACGAGCUGAACGAUCAAUUGCGCGAUUCAAGGUUAAAGGAGAAGCGGAGGUAAAAAAAAGAGUAGAUGCUACAGUCAGCUUAAUUCGAAAUGAUUUCGAAAAGCAGAAACGUAUUGCCAUCAAAUAUUAUAAUAAGUGGAAGCAAUGUAUGCUCAUUGUCAAUAAGACUACAUCUUUAAAGGUAAACAAGCACAUUAAUAUACGAGGAUAGAGAUAGGGUUUUGUACAUUGACUACCACCACUGAGUACUACCAGUGGUGAAUUUAGGGAAGGGGUGCAGGGGGGUGCGCCCCCCCCCCAGGCUCUGGUCAACAGGGGUGCAUGGGGAGUGCAAAAAUGGCGUUUAUCCUAAUUCUAACCAACUUAUGUUAAGGAAUUCAGUUGGGUAUCACUAAUUGACAAUAGCGGAAUAGCCAAUAUUAAAUAUUCUGAAUUUUUAAAUGUUUUGAGAAUCUAAAAAUUUUCCAGAAUGUUUUCUCAUAAUGGUAGAAAUGCCAUUUCAGAGACCCAAAUUUUAAAAAUUUUCACGCCUUUGGCGCUCGGCUGGUGGUUUCGCCAUUGGUUAGCACCCCCCAAAAAAACUUUGCUGGAUCCACCACUGAGUACUACAGUCUACUCCUUUCAACAAAAAAUCAAUAACUUUCUUGAAUUUGGCACCAACAUGGCCACCAUGCCAUUGUCUUCUAAUUCUCAACGGAUUGAUUGCAAGUCAAGAAUUAAGGGCAGGGGAAUGUAGGGGGUGGUGGUGGCGGGGGACUGUGCCAAUGGGCUUGCUGAGACUGCUUUACUAUUUUGGUACAAUAUGCUAUGCUGAAAUUGAGUAUAUUUAACAUUUUGUAUAAAUUUAAUUACAAGAACAACCUAGAUUUUACUUGAUUUUUACUUGGUAACUUGGGGAUUGGCAAUGGUAGCUGAUAAGGCCUAUGGAAUUGAAAUAUCAGUUUACAGCAACCCACAGUCACCUGCCUGUGCAAGUCUUAGACCCCACAUUAAAUUUUCACUGUUUCAUAUUUUUCAAUUAUUUCUAAUGCUAGUUAAUUUAAAUACUUUAAAGGGGAAGUCAAGUCCGUUCUGCGCAUUGGUUCUGCGCAUAACAAUGUGAGGACCUCUAAUGUAAAAAUUGUCCAAAUUUUGAAUGUUUCGAAUUUUUCUGAACAUAAACUUUAUUUCAUAUUCAUUUAGAAGCAUAGCGAACCAAAAUGGUGUUAGAUAUUCAGACAGUACAUCAUAUUUUAAAAAAUACAGCAGUUCAAAAUGUAAACAAACCAUUUGUUUACAUUACAGACUUGACUUGCCCUUUAAUAGUUAACUACAAACAUGCUGAAAUCCUAAAUUAAAACAUGAAUAUUGUGUAAAAGAUAGAUUUAAGAUGAUGUACAGUCUGUUUGUGAGAGAUUGGUAUUACUGUAUAUUUAAUUUUGCUAAUUUCAAUUGUAAUAGGCUUCAACAGGAAUGCAACAGCAAAAAUGGAUUCCAAAAAUUGAGCCAGAUGAACUGGAAGAUGCUUCACCAUGCAUUGGCUCUGGAAGCUUUGGGCAAUGUCGCACAUGGUACUACUCACGAUUUGGUAUACAUGUUGUUGAGAAAAUUAUACCAGAUUUAAGUGAGAGUUCUGUUUAUCAAGAAGCACUCUAUCAGCAAAUGUUUGCACAUAGAUGCGUGCCUUAUAUUUUUGGAAUUAACAGUGCCAGAAAGCCAUACUCUUUAUUUAUGGAGUUUGUUGGAAAAGAUUUGCAGUCACUGACAGUACACAAACUUUUAUAUGAUAACCAAUCCAUGAAACUCAUUGGAGGUAUGUCGGUGCUAGACUGGUUCAGAGUAUGUUACGAUAUUGCUGAUGCAUUGCAUCACAUCCAUGAAAAAGGAUAUCUUCAUUGUGACAUUAAAACAAACAAUGUUCUUGUGUCCCAUAAGAAAUCUGGGUAUCUGAUUGACUUUGGCAAGGUGAAACCAAUUGCGAAUCCACCAGCAAAGAAGUAUGCAAAGGCUAACAAUUACAUUGCUCCAGAGGUUUUGACGG